AUGAUUAAUCCAAAUAUCGUUCGUCGUUCAUUCGGCUACGUGGACCCAAAUUUCCCCAAUCCCAACGGGAAAAAUGAUACUAGCAUCAUCAUCUACGGCUACACGCCCUCCAUCGGCCUUGCAGCCUUUGCUGCUGCAUGGUUCUUCAUUCACCUGAUCGCACAUACCGCACAAAACUUCACGACACGCAGCUGGUGGUGGAUGACAUUCUCCAUAGGCCUGAUUUUCGAGAUCAUCGGAUACAUUGCACGAUCGCUAUCAGCCGAACAGGACCCAUACAACCUAAUUUACUUCGUCCUUCAAUAUUUCUUCAUCGUCACUGCACCAGUAUUUCUCGCAGCGGGUAUCUACACGAUUCUUUCAGCGCUAAUCUCCCGACUGGGGAGCCAAUACUCAUUCCUCCGACCAAAAGUAAUUCUGGGAUUCUUCAUCACUUCAGACGCGGUCUCAACGAUCGUUCAGAUCGCGGGCGCGUGUCUCGUCGGUGUGAAAGAGUCUGAUAGGGAAGACCCUACCGUGGCGAACCAUAUCCUGCUGGCAGGUCUAGCUUACCAGGUCUUUGCGAUGAGCAUUUUCGUCAUCUUAGUGGCGACAUUUCAAUUCCGAGCUCGACAUGCCAUCAAGCAGCACGGGUAUCAAAUAUUCUGCGUUGCCUUUUCCGUUGCGACUAUCAUGGUCUAUCUGAGGACUAUCUUCCGUCUCGCGGAGACAGCUGAGGGUCUAGGUGGAAAGUUAUCGACCAAUGAGAUAUUUUUCGCAUGUCUCGAGUUUGCGCCUAUCGCACUUGUGGUCCUUUUACUUGGUAUCUUCCAUCCGGGUCGCUGUUUCGGGGCUAAGGUGAACGAUCGUGACGAGAAAGCGCACUUGCAUGCUGAAUCGAACACUCUUGUUACUCAUCAUAAUGUAUAA